GCUAGAGCGAUGUCACUUCAUCUCCAUCCCCAUGCCUGCAAAGCUUGUGUUGACCAAACUAUCAUGCUCAUCCAUGGCGCGCCACUAUAUAUAUGGUGCCGUCCAUGGUCUCUGCAUCUCAAAUCCAUCAGCUGCAAACAUACAACUCAAGCAUCAAAGCCCUACUAGUGCUACUACAGCUACUGCAUAACAACACUUCACUUCCGUUCCAGUUGCACACUUGCACAUAAUCUCCUCUCCUCUUCCCCGGACACACAAUCAACAAUGGUGGUCCCGGUGAUCGACUUCUCCAAGCUCGAUGGCGCCGAGAGAGCCGAGACCAUGGCGCAGAUCGCCAAUGGCUGCGAGGAGUGGGGAUUCUUUCAGCUGGUGAACCAUGGCAUCCCGCUGGAGCUUCUUGAGCGCGUCAAGAAGGUGUGCUCCGAGUGCUACCGCCUCCGGGAGGUCGGGUUCAGGGCGUCGGAGCCGGUGCGCACGCUGGAGGCGCUCGUGCAGGCGGAGCAGCGCGGCGAGGCGGUGACGCCGGUGGACGACAUGGACUGGGAGGACAUCUUCUACAUCCACGACGGCAACCAGUGGCCGUCCGACCCGCCGGCGUUCAAGGAGACGAUGCGCGAGUACCGCGCCGAGCUCAGGAAGCUCGCCGAGCGCGUCAUGGAGGCCAUGGACGAGAACCUCGGCCUGGAGAAGGGCGCCAUCCAGCGCGCCUUCUCCGGCGACGGGCGGCACGAGCCAUUCUUCGGCACCAAGGUCAGCCACUACCCGCCGUGCCCGCGGCCGGACCUCAUCACGGGCCUGCGCGCGCACACGGACGCCGGCGGCGUCAUCCUGCUGUUCCAGGACGACCAGGUCGGCGGCCUGGAGGUGCUCAAGGACGGCGAGUGGACCGACGUGCAGCCGCUCGCGGGCGCCAUCGUCGUCAACACCGGCGACCAGAUCGAGGUGCUCAGCAACGGGCGCUACCGCAGCGCGUGGCACCGCGUGCUGCCCAUGCGCGACGGCAACCGCCGCUCCAUCGCCUCCUUCUACAACCCGGCGAACGAGGCCACCAUCUCGCCGGCGGUGGCCAGCGGCGAGGCGUACCCCAAGUACGUCUUCGGCGACUACAUGGAUGUCUACGCCAAGCAGAAGUUCCAGGCCAAGGAGCCAAGGUUCGAGGCCGUCAAGGCGCCGAAGUCAUCUCCAGCAGCUUAAAAGUAAAAAAAAAAAUAUUAGUGAGAUUGAAAACAAUUAUUUAUUGGUUUGUUGGAUAAAAUAGCCUAAAUAAAUAUUUGAGGUGUUUCACUGUGUAACUAUAGUGGCAUGGUAUGGUGAUAUAUUGCUCUAGUAAGUAGUAAUAACAAGUUUGUUAAGCCUUUGAUCUCAAAAAAAAAGAGAGAGAGAGAAAGGUUUGUCAAGUCUUGGUAUAGGAUAGAGUUAUGGACAUGCAUAUCCAUCUCUUGGGGUGGUUUUCAUGUACUUAAUGUGACAACGAUUGUAAAAUCAAAACUGUGAUAUUAUUGUUCAGAGAUGAAAUUACUUCAAAAAAAAUUGUUCAGAGAUGAAAUAAAAAAGUGACUCAUUUACACUCA